AAUUUAAAAAAUAUUUUAAACUUAAAAAAGUAAGAAAAAAAAAAUUCAAUUCAAAAAAGCGGCUUUUGUCCAUAAUUGAACAAAUGCGCGCUCUGAAUUAUUUUAAUACGGAAAUGGCCGCAUAAGGUACUACGUAUGAAUUGCGCUUAGCACUGCGCUGUAGAAUCGUCUUAGCACAAAUCCGUGCGACUGCGCAGGCUGGUGAAAAUUGGGCCUUGAUUGUUUUCACCACUGGCAACAAAAAUAGGCAAGAAAAAAAAAAAAAAAAAACGUGAAUUCCAGCCAUUCUGCACUUGUACGGAUUAGCAGGCGUUUCACUGCACUGUUCAACAGAAUGAGGCGUAAAAAAUAUUUGGCGAAAUGUAGAAUAAUUUCUUUCCACUCGCAACGGCAACUUUUCCCAUCUAGAAAAACAUUUGCACUGUUUUAAAAGCAUUUUGUUUUACAUUUUGAAGAAGUACAUCAUUUCGUGUAGUUUUAAUUCGGUUUAAUUGUCGAAUUGUUUAUGUAGCCCUUUUCUUUUUUUUUCCCUCCCCCCGCUUUUUCUUGGCCACUAACUCGCCAAGCUUGACACGAAUGAGUUAAAUUUUUAUCUUCAAGUAAAACGCCCCUUUAAUUUAAAUUACCGUUAAUUUUUGCUCCUGCGAGGGUUUUCCGGCAUGUAUUAACUCCCAUUUGUGCACAGUCUUCCAUGUGGCACAUGGCAGUUGAGUCAAUAGUAUAUAUAAUGAGAUAAUAAAAAAAUGCAGGAAGCUUUCGCGUCCGCAUGAUAGCAGUGAAUAGUUCCUUCACUUUUCAAACUCUAUAACAACACAGAAGGGUUCCUUUUUAAAAUUAUAAGCGCGGCCCUGUGUAAAUCUCAAAAUGGCUUUAAAAAAUGAUUACGCGGGGUUCUGCUUCCACAGAAAUAAAAUAAGCAAAAUUGACCGAAUCGAUGGAGACAUAAGCGCUGAGCAGUUUUAUCUCGACUACAUCUUAAAGAGAAAACCGUGUCUACUGAACAGUGAAUAUGUAAUCAAAAACAGGUGCAACAUAGAUAUAAAAUAUUUGAGGGAAAAUAUAGAAAAUGUCCCUGUCGAAUUAGAACAAAAGAUCUCAAAUUCGUUCGGGAUAGGCGAGAAAAAAAAAAUGAAAUUUCAUGACUUCUUGUCAUUAUUAGAGGAAGGAAAUACGGACUAUUACUUAAAUACGCAGUAUAUAAAAGAAAGUGCCUAUUGCCCCUCUGACUUUUGCAACGCGUUGACUCGGCAGAUGAUAAAUUUUCUGCCAAAGAGACUGGAAAUAAUGGGCAACUUGGAAAUUUACCAGUACAACGUGUGGCUGGGAAACAACGCAGAUGAAGAUUUAAAAACGUUUCUGCACCAUGAUUACCACGACAACGUAUAUGUACUGCUAAAAGGCAGGAAAGUGUUUAGGAUAUAUAGCCCCGAUUUUGCUCCCCAUUUGAAAACGAACGGAAAUGUUUACCGCGUUCAUAACAAUGGCCUAAUUACCUACUCCCCAUUUAUAAGAAGUGACGGAUCGCACUUGUUAGACGUGUACAAAAAAAAAAUGGAUAAGGUGUACCUCCACAUCAGCGCCAUGACUGACCAUUUGGACAAAAAAGACAAACUGCUGGAAGAUAAAAUCAUUGAAAGUUCUAUAAAUAAGGCAGAGCAAAAAUUAAAUAAACUGGAAGAUAAUGUCCUAAAUUACAAGUUACGCAAGCACAAAUUUAGACCUAAGCCGAAUACGAGAGAUGACAUUCCAAGCCAUUUUUGCCUUCUUAAUACAGUUGCGAGAAAUUAUGAAGAUGACAUUUUCAGCGAUAACACAGACGUAGGGAAAAAGUACAUCGACGUCCACGUGAACGAGGGAGACAUAUGUAAAAAAAAGAUGAACGCAUAUGUAGCAACGAUGAGUUUUAUGUGA